AUGUACGAGGGCCGAUUUUCGGGAAGAUCCGCUUGUUUUCAUCGCAAACCCCGUCGAGGCAAACAUGCCUGGCCACUGGAUACCAGCGAGCGUGGUCAAGGCCAUAUUGGGCGGGACCGAGACGACCAAGGCGAUGCUACAGCUGAGGUUCACCAAGAAGAUGACAACGACCACGCCGACGACCACCACGACCAGUCCAACAACUACGACGGUAGCAACUACUACCACUCCAACUACCACAACCACGUUAAUGACGACGACAGCAGUGCCACCUCCUGUUACGACGAUGACAACCACUACUCAAACUACAACGACAGCGCCGCCUGCGACAACGACAUCAACCACCCCGACUACCACAACCACACCGACUACCACAACCACACCAACUACGACUACCACCCCGACUACAACAACUACCCCGACUACUACAACUACACCCACAACGACAACCACGCCUACAACGACACCUACACCUACAACGACAACCACACCUACGACGACAACUACACCUACGACGACAACCACACCUACUACAACGACAACCCCAACUACUACUACAACUCCGACAAUAACGACCACUCCAACGACCACCACGACGACCACCACCACUACCACAACCACCACCACCACAACAACAACAACAACCACAACACCAAGGCC